AUUUAAAAGCAUCUCCCCAGCCUCCUCCUCCAGUUUUGGUUGGUUUGAAAAUGCCGUUAUCCUCUCUCCCAAUCGCAUUCACCUUACAACCACCAGCAACUCCAGUUCUUCAUCAUCAUCAUCAUCAUCAUCAACAGGUGAAUUUUGGAAGUGCAAGAAGAGUAGUGGUGAAGAAGAGUGAAUUUGCUGUUAGGUCAGUGUCUUCUGCCGAUGAUGUUCCGUUGUUUCCCGCUGAUUAUGAAGAGCUUCUUGAUCAGGCCAAAGAAGCAAGUCAGGCAGCUUUGAAGGAUGGAAUACAGUUGAUGGAGAUUGAGUUUCCAACUGCUGGGCUCGGAUCCGUGCCAGGCGAUGGGGAAGGUGGUAUUGAAAUGACUGGAAGUAUGCAAUUGAUUCGUGAAUUUUGUGACCUCCUUGUAGCACCAGAAAAGGCUACACGAACCCGUAUAUUUUUCCCAGAGGCUAAUGAAGUUCAGUUUGCAAGAAAAUCAGCAUUCGGAGGUGCUUCUUUCAAGUUGGAUUAUUUAACAAAACCCUCGUUUUUUCAAGAUUUUGGUUUCGUCGAAGCGGUUAAAAUGGUUGAUCGCGUUAAGGAAGAAGAUGAGUUAUUCAUAGUCGGGUACCCUUAUUUUAAUGUCAACGAGAUGCUUGUUGUGGAAGAGCUUUAUAGGGACGCAGUGGCAGCCACAACUAGGCAAAUGAUUAUAUUUAAUGGUGAACUUGAUCGUAUCAGAUCUGGAUAUUACCCAUCGUUCUUCUAUCCAAAACUAGCUGCACUUUCAAAGACGCUCUUUCCCAAGAUGGAGACUGUAUAUUACAUUCAUAAUUUCAAAGGUCGCAAUGGGGGAACCCUUUUCAGGUGUUACCCUGGUCCCUGGAAGGUACUAAGAAGAAUGGGAAGUAGAUAUGUAUGUGUGCAUCAACAAGAAAAGAUGCCAACCCUAAAGGAGGUUGCUUUGGAUAUUCUUCCCUCAGCUUAAACAUUUAUCAGGAACUGAUUUGGGCAAGACCACGGCGACAAAGUAAUUAGCGGAACCUUAGGGUGUUUAACUAAUUUUGUUUAUAUGUUGUUUUUUUAUUAAGUAUUGUUAUGAUAUAUGUUGGUUCUAUACAAUUUAUAACAUAUUAUUUAUUAGUAACAUAUGAUCUCACUAAGGGGUUUGCAUGCCA